AUGAACGAUACAUUUAAAAAGUUGCCAGUCAAUCCCUAUUUCAUAUUUCUUGCCCAGUUUCGCGAAUAUCUUGAAAAACGCGGUGUGAGGAAUAUUAAAGUCACCACUGUGGCUCGAGCGGCUGGUAAGAAGUGGCGCCAAAUGAGCUGCUCUCAAAAGGCUGCCUAUAUUGAAAGUGCACAAAUGAAUCGAGAAGCUCGUAAACGAAUACACACAAUUAAAACAGAAGUGUAA